UUAUCUAGAACGUUUUUUCAUGCCUGGUGGCGUAGCCGUAGAUCCCCGCCUUUCGAAUUCAAUCCUGAAAAACGACAAUGGAAGAUCAAAUUGAACUCAUUCCCCCAAAUUCACCGACACCAGAAGAGAAACGGUUGGCCAGGAAAUGAGAGACGCGCUGUCGAUCCUCGCCUCCGCCACCGUCCCCCCUUCCUCCGCCCCACCUCCCGGCCACUACCGCCACCCUCACCGUCAAUCGACCACCUCCACCACCGCCAAACCCCAGCCACAUCCCAAUCCAAAGCAUAAUAAACCCCAAUUCCCCACUUAUUCUCCACUCCUGUCAUCUUAUCGGCGGGACAAUCGCCAAAGCCUGACGUACAACACCGAGCUGGCCUCGAAGCUCGCGGAGGACGGCAUGUUCGAGGAUUUCCUGAUGAUCUCGGAGAGCGUGGUCGCUUCCGGUGUGAAGCCGUCGGAGUUUUUAGCGCUGCUGAAUGCCAAAUGCGUCGCAAUUGGGGUUGCGAGAGUGCUUGAUGAAGGAAAUCUCCAUAGUGUUGUUAAGAUGCUGUUCAAUGGUCUAGAGAAGAUCGGGAUUGAUCCGGUGCAGAUGUUUGAUGCAGUUUCCACGGAGUCGCUGAGGAGAGAAUGUCGGAGGUUAUUGAAACGCGGCGAAGUCGAGCAACUUGUGAGCUUCAUGGAAACACUUGCUGGGUUUAAAUUUCAAAUCAGAGAAUUGGUCGAGCCAUCUGAUGUCAUAAGCCUUUGCAUUAGCCAGAGGGAUCCCACAGCAGCGAUAAGAUAUGCACAAAAUUUUCCUCAUAUGGAAAUCAUGUUCUGUUCAAUAAUUCUUGAAUUUGGGAAAAAAAGGGACUUGGCCUCCGCUCUGACAGCUUUUGAAGCAGCCAAGCAAAAUACGAGUACUCCUAAUAUGCAUGCCUACCGCACAAUCAUAGAUGUCUGUGGUCUUUGUGGUGACUACUUGAAGUCGAGGACCAUUUAUGAGGGGUUGCUUGCCGGAAAUAUCACCCCAAACGUAUAUGUAUUCAACAGUCUUAUGAAUGUAAAUUCCCGUGAUCUGAAUUACGCACUGGGUACCUACAAGAAGAUGAAAAAACUGGGCGUGACAGCUGAAAUUACAACACACAACAUACUUUUGAAAUCGUGCUGUGUUGCUGCAAAAGUUGAACUCGCACAAGAUAUUUAUAAGGAGAUACGGGAGUUGGAGUCAAAAGGAGCAUUAAAAUCAGAUGUCUUCACGUACAGCACAAUGAUUAAGGUUUUUGCAGAUGCCAAAAUGUGGAAAAAUGCACUCGAAGUCAAGGAGGAUAUGGUGACAUCUGGCGUCAUUCCCGAUACAGUUACAUGGUCAUCAUUGAUCAGUGCAUGUGCAAAUGCAGGUCUUGUAGAACAAGCAAUUAAAUUAUUUGACGAAAUGCUCGAAGCUGGUGGUCAACCCAAUUCCCGGUGUUUCAACAUCCUUCUUCAUGCCUGUGUCGAGGCUUGCCAAUACGAUCGGGCCUUUCGGCUAUUUAAGUCCUGGAAAGAAAGAGGUUCUGAACAAACUACCAGUGACAAUAACUUGAACAGUUCAGACGACUCUUUGGCAGUACACCAUACGAGAGUUACAUCAAGACCAUACUCACACUUAACCACGGGGGUUCCAUUUAGACCCACUACUUCGACCUACAAUAUUCUGAUGAAAGCCUGUGGUGCUGAUUAUUACCGCGCCAAAGCUUUGAUGGAUGAAAUGAAGACCUUGGGCCUUUCUCCUAAUCAAAUAAGCUGGUCAACAUUGAUUGAUGUUUGUGGUGGCUCCGGGAACGUAGCGGGUGCUAUACAGAUCUUGAGAUCCUUGCAUGAAACUGGUAUUCAACCUGAUGUCAUUGCCUAUACCACAGCUAUUAAGAUCUGUGUAAAACAUAAGAAACCAAAGCUUGCAUUCAUGUUAUUUGCAGAAAUGAAGAAAUAUGAAAUAAAACCGAAUUUGGUAACUUACAAAACUAUUCUUACCGCCCGUAGUAGAUAUGGUUCACUGCAGGAAGUACAACAAUCCCUUGCUGUAUAUCAGCAAAUGAGAAAAGCAGGGUACAAGCCCAACGAUUACUAUCUGAAGCAACUAAUCGAGGAAUGGUGUGAAGGUGUGCUACAAAACGAACAUCAUAAUGAAGGACAAUUCGCUUCUCGUAUAACAGAUUUUGGGCCUCAAAGCAUGCUGCUCGAGAAAGUUGCAGAACACCUGCAAGAUAGUAAUGCUGAAAGCCUCUCUAUUGACCUCCAAGGUCUCACCAAGGUAGAAGCUCGGAUUAUUGUUCUUGCAGUUUUACGGAAGAUCAAAGAAAAGUAUAUUGCAGGGAAUUCGAUGGAAGACGAUGUGUCGAUAAUACUAGGGCUACAAGAGCUAGGUAGUGACUUCAUCAAAGGCGAGAGCGACGGAGUUAAGGAAGCUGUGAUUCGACUGCUGGAGCACGAUUUGGGGCUUCAGGUUUUUGCAGCAGGCUCUCGAAGCGGGAGAGGUAAAGGGAGCCGUAUGUAUUCUAGUUCGAUCGGAGAAACGAUUGAAAGGAGUGAAUCAAAACAAGCAUCGGAAUCUCCGACUAGGAGACCUAUGGUUCUUCAGAGACUGAAGGUGACUAGGGAAUCUUUGCAUCAUUGGCUGCAAAAAAAGAUGGAAUCAUCACCAUUAUCAAUAACAGUAACAACACAGUAACAAAUUUUCUCGAAUAUUUAUUUUAAAUAUUCAAUUCUUUUAAUUCUUUUUUUUUUUUUUUCACUGAAAUAAGUGCAUCAUAGAUUAACAUCGCACAACAGGGUCAUGAUUUUUAUUUAUUUAUUUUAUGACUCCAUUAUGUGCUGUGUGUGUAAUGUGAACGAAAUGAUUAUUAUUGUAUAAAACUAUGUAAUAGUUGAGUUUCCACUCUUGGCCGUG